GAAAGACAGAACGGAAGAUGGGGUCGAGGACGGGUGGAGUUCUUGCGCAAGUGAGCGACUCUCUCAAGUCUCUGCAAAUAGAAGAGCUCAAAAAGCUGAUGGAAGAUCAAGACGCGUUCGACGUGUACUUCGAGAAGAACAUCCCUAUAGUGAAAGAGAAGCAGGAAUUAAUCCGAGCGAUCAAGGAUUCCAACAUAGCGAGCGCGAAGAAGAAUGUAGAUCUACACACAGCGAUCGAGUCCUUGUCUACACAGGUGCAAGAACUCCGCCAGCUGGUUCAGGAACGACAAGCUGUGCUGCGACCAAGAUAUGAUGAGAUCAAGAAGGAGGCUAUGGAGGACCGUACAGAAGCGGCAAAGAAGCAGCUGGAGAGCGCUGCUGCUGUAACAAAUAGCGAGUGCAGGCAGAUGGUGGAGCUCACCGACGCUUCGACGGAUUGGAACAAGUUUGCUGUUGAUUUCACUUCGAAGAAGAAGAUGCACCAUCUCCAACAAGCUCUAAUGGAGCGUUUAGAGAAUAAGGAAUGAGUUAUACUUUACUGUACAAAACUUAAGACAUCUACCUGUAUCAG